AUGCACGGUAUCCAAUCAGCGAUAUAUGUACCUUGGAUGAUUGGAAUGACUACAGGAGAAGCAGCUUUCAAAGCGGCUCGGUACUUGGAUAACGACGGUGAAUUGGCUGCUGAAAUAAACGAUUAUUCUGAGAUUUUGUUUCCAAUAACAAUGCAAUAUCUUUGGGAUACCAAAGUAAAACAUUUAAAUUACAUUUCACGAACUAUCCGGACUCGUUACUUCGGAAGUGGAGAAAUCAACGAAAGCACAGCUAAUGAAAUGACUUCGAUGUAUUCGGAUGGUCUUUUUACUUUAUGUACUUUGAAUGCAAUUCACUCUUAUCCUGGUCCGAAAUAUGUAUAUCUGUACAAUUACAGAGGAAAUUAUUCGAUGUCGGUGCAAAAUAUUAUCGCAAAUUGUGACCAAUUUCUAGGCGUUAGCCAUGCAGAUGAAGUAAAUUUGUUCUUCCAACGAGAAGAUACUUGCGAUUUUCUUACCAAUGAUGAUAUAACGUUUGGUGACGAAUUGAUUAAAAGAUGGAUUAAUUUUGCCAAUUCGAGUGAUCCUAAUUUACCGAUGAAAAUAAACGAGACCAUAAUGAGUGCUUGGGAGCCAAUGACGUCUAACAAAGUCGAAUACAUUUUUCUUGAUUGGAAUGGUACUAUGUCAACCGAUAUGUACAAGGAAGAGUACAUGUUUUGGAAAAGUUUACCACUUGGUAGCAAAUAUUAUGAGAAUGGAAAGUCGUGA